GAGCGAGAGAGCACGAGAGAGCGAGAGCGAGAGGGCGAGAGUGAGUGAGAGAGGGCAAAAGGAGCAACAGCGACAGCAAGCGAAAACUUGGAAAAAAUCGCUGCUAAAAAUAAAAAGAAAAUUUAAAUUAAAAAUUCGAAAAAUACACUAAUUCAAAAUUAUACCAGAAAAGCUGCUGGAGCAUUGUACUAAGCGAACCGUCACCUUGUGUGCGUGUGUGUGUGUGUGUGUGUGCCAUAACUCCAGUGAAUUUCAAGCAUACAGGAAAAAAGGAAACGGAAGAGCGGAAGCAGUAAAAUCGAAGUGAAAAUCCAGGAGGAGCCAGAGGUGGAAAAAGCUUCGCAAAAUGGCAUUAGAAAAGGCAAAAUGACAACUAAAAAUUGAACAAAAUCUAUUUAAGCCAUUCAAUUGAUUCACACACACACACGCACUCAAGCCCACACACACACACACACACACGCGCACACAGGCUGGGAAAACACCACCCACUUUGGUGAAAGGAGCAGCAGUAGGAAGCAGAAGUAGAAGCACUCGACAAGCAGCCGGCACCCACGCCCCUCUGCGCCCAGCGUUUAAAAAUAGCCACAGCUCUGGAAACCAAAUAUCCCUGGAGCGCAGCCGUUCGAGAAAAUGGUAACGAUGAACUCGGAGGCGGACAAAACACAAGCCACCAAUGCCAGCAGCACCGCGGCGCCGGCCAAAACGGACUGCUCCAGCAGCAACAGCAGCGAUCCGCUGGCGGUGGCCAUUCCGGAGCCACAGUCCGCCAACGCCACCACCACCGCCACUGCCACUGCUAGCACCAACACCACCGUCGUUGUCGGAGGAGGAGGAGCUGAAGGAGCUGCAGCAGCAGGAGUAGUAGUGUCCGGCACAGGCACUCCAUCGCCAACACCACUGCCCAAUGGCAGUAACAAUGGCAGUGGCUCAGCGGCCUCACCAGCAGCAACAGGAACAGGAGCCACAGUAGGCACAACAUCGGCAUCCCAGCCAGCAACCACACCAACCACUGCACCCACAUCCACAUCCACACCCACCGUUGCAGGUGCCAAGACGGCAGCCGCCACCACCACAUCCCCCUCCUCGGCCACAACCUCGUCGACGGCGGCGGCGGGCAGCAAGCAGAGCGGCACCAGCGGCGGUCUGCUGACCGUCAGCGGGAACCACCAUCACCACCACCACGCCCACCCACAGCAGUCGGCGGCGGGACAGUCGGCCGCCCAGCCGCCACAGCCGCCCACCGCAUCCGCCCUAGCGGUUCCAUCGGCGUCGCAUCAUCAGCGCGGCGGGAAGAACGAGGACGCACCCAAUAUCCUAGUGUACAAAAAGAUGGAGGCCAUCAUCGAGAAGAUGCAGGCGGAGUCGACGGGCGUGGCCGUGCGCACGGUGAAGGCGUUCAUGAGCAAGGUGCCAUCGGUGUUCACGGGUGCGGAUCUGGUGGCCUGGAUCCUCAAGAACUUCGACGUGGAGGACGUGACGGAGGCGUUGCAUUUUGCCCACCUGCUCAGCUCACAUGGCUACAUAUUUCCCAUCGACGAUCACGCGCUGACCGUCAAAAAUGACGGCACCUUCUACAGAUUCCAGACGCCCUACUUUUGGCCCUCGAAUUGCUGGGAGCCCGAGAAUACGGACUAUGCCGUCUACCUUUGCAAGCGCACCAUGCAGAAUAAGACGCGACUCGAGUUGGCCGACUACGAGGCCGAGAAUCUGGCCAAGCUGCAGAAGAUGUUCUCCAGGAAGUGGGAGUUUAUAUUCAUGCAGGCUGAAUCGCAGAGCAAAGUGGCCAAGAAGCGGGACAAGCUGGAGCGGAAGGUGCUGGACUCGCAGGAGCGGGCCUUCUGGGAUGUCCAUCGGCCGAUGCCCGGCUGCGUCAACACCACCGAGAUCGACAUAAAGAAGGCCUAUCGACGCGGUGGUUCCAGCCAUGGAACCGGAUCCGCCGGCGCCUCCCUGGCCAAGAAUCCCGUCGAGCAGCUGACGCGGAUCAUUGCGCUGCGCAAACAGAAACUCGAGCGUCGCACAAUCAAAGUGUCAAAGGCGGCCGAGGCUUUGGUUGCCUACUACGAUCAGUACAAUGAGUUUGAUUACUUUAUAACCUCGCCCGAGCUGCCGAAUCCCUGGCAAACCGACAGCACCGAGAUGUGGGAUACGGAGAAGAAUAGCAAAGAAGUUCCUGUGCGGCGCGUGAAGCGCUGGGCAUUCAGUUUGCGCGAAUUACUGAACGAUGCCAUCGGACGCGAGCAGUUCACCAAGUUCUUGGAGAAGGAGUACAGCGGCGAGAAUCUCAAAUUCUGGGAAUCGGUGCAGGAGAUGAAGGCGCUGCCGCAAUCGGAGAUCAAGGAGGCGAUCCAGAAGAUCUGGCAGGAGUUCCUGGCCCCAGAGGCCCCAUGUCCGGUCAACGUGGACUCCAAGUCGGUGGAGCUGGCCCGCGAGGCGGUCAACUCGCCGAGUGGACCGAACAGGUGGUGCUUCGACGUGGCCGCCUCGCAUGUGUAUCACCUGAUGAAGAGCGACUCGUACUCCAGGUAUCUGAGAUCGGACAUGUACAAGGAUUACUUGAACUGCUCGCGCAAGAAGAUCAAGUCCAUACCAAAUCUGUUCGGGGUGAAACGUUGAGAUACGCUGCGGGGAUUCCCCGUCAUCGCAGUGGGCUAGGAUGUCCUUGUGCAGGGGAAUUACCAAAUGAACUUGGUACUCACUCGGUACUCACCUCGGUACUCAAAUCGGUACUCACCUCGGUACUCAUUCGUUGUUACUCAUUUAAUUAAUCUGCCACUGUGUCGCGUGUUCUCUCGAUUUUGAAGUAUUUUUUUAUGUGAUUGUUUGUUGAUCGAUUAUGUGUUACCUCAAAGUGCCCCAAGAAAAACUAUAGUAGCCAUCUCAAUCUGUAGCUAUCUCCCUCUAAAUCAGACGAAAUGCAAAAACACCACUUACUAUGCAAAUAUGAAACUGCCAAAGGCUUGAUUAAGAACAAAUAGUAAUCGAAUACUGGAGGUUUUUCUGAAAUCAAUGGAUAUUUUAAAACAAUUACCUGCUGAGGUCUAAAUGAUAGGAUAAACAAUGUCCCUAGGAAUUCCACUGCAAUAUAUUGAACAUAAUGAUUCCAUAAUCGGAGAUUUCGAAAUUUGUAUUAACCUACUUUUUGGAGCCACUCAAUAGUUGUUUUCAAAUCUCUAGCGAUUCUCAGUUAAGCCAUCCGGAAUGUACUUAUUUUAAUAACCGAAUACGGAAAGUUGAAGACGAAAGACAACACCAACAACCGCCGAGACCUUAUUCUCAUACUUAUAAUAUACAAGCGAAUACGAAUUAUUAACUAUUAACCGACAUGCAAAACGAUCGUAAUCGAAGACACCAAUAUGAAAAUAUGAAGUAAAACCAUAGAGAAACCACUAGUAAAUGUCAAACUGUAACCAAAUAACACCAAAGAUACGAAAAUCCAAGGAAUGCCCCGAUUCUAUGAGGUACUUAUAUUCAAACUAAGAGAAUUAGCUUAAUUAAUAGGAAGGCAAGGCGGAAAUCGGAAAUCUUACGAAAAUUGAAAACGGAAAACCCACUCAUGCUGGACAGCUUUUGUCAGCAUGCGAUGCCAUAGCAUUCAGCUUUUCUGCCGGUCAAAUUUUAAAUAGCUUUUGACACGAUCCCACAUCCAUCAGAGAAAUGUAAGAAAAAUCUAAUUGUUGGCUUAAGUUCCUUUAUCACCUUGAUUAGGUGUCUCUUUUCAUCACUCCUCUCCCUCCCCCUCUCUCUCUCUCUCUCUCUCUUGCACACACACACCCGCACCGUUACCUGCAUACCCAUACACACCCACUCACAUAUCGUUAAGGCGCCAGAAAAAUAAGAAAUAUAAUAGCUAAGAUUUUAAUCAUAAUAUUUUUUUGCCGCUCACUGUGCGCGCUUGUGUGUGUGACAAAGAGAGAGAGAGAGAGAGAGAUGGUCUAAUGUUUUCGUUUUUAGUGAAUGUUUAGAAUUAAUUAUGUUAAUAAUAGACAGUAAAGUAGUAGCAACAAGUGGAAGAUGGCAAACGAGAGUGCGAGAGCCAAGUUCGGUUGGGCGAGUGGGCGGUGAAGUAGGAUAGAUAGGGUCAAAGGUGUGAUAGCUUAUAGGAAGUUAGAUCAAAAAAAAAAAACAAGUGAGCUUUACAAACAAAUAAAGGGGCUAAACAACUAGGGAGACUUGAUAGCCCCAACGAACUUGGUUCUCCCAGUAGAAUCUCUCCCAAAAUAUAAUUUGGAUUGGACAAACGGGGUAGGACUCGAAACUAUUACACAUACAGCUGCGGUCAAAACAAUAGCAGCGUGCGCUUUAAAAAUCGGAAUAUCCUUUAAUUAAUGCCUAAUACCAAGUCUCAAAAGCAAUCAGCAGUAGUUUUGUGUCUUAUAAGUAAAAAAUUAGUUUUUGAUGGAUAGAGCCAAUUAAAUAGUUUUCUAACUUAUUUUUAGAAAGUUCUUUAUUAUUUAAUUUAAUUACAUUAUAUUACGCUGCUCCUAUUUUGACCGCAACUGUAUAAAAGUGAGCGCAUCUAUAUAUUAAUGUGAAACAUCAAACUGAUCCUCGGAUCUUACGGAAUAGCAAUUAGACUUAGAUAAACUAAGGAACUUGAACUUGAAACUUGGAACUAUAUAUUAUACACAUGUAAUUUGCACACACACUCAUGCACUCAUGCUGCCUACUUUUGGGCCAAAAAAGGAUUAGCAAAAGGAUACAAAAAUCAGAGGCGUAUUAUAUGUACGAUUACUUAAUUAGGAUCGCAUUGUGUGUGUCUAUCUAAUUGUAACUGUAAUUGUAAAUGGUGUCUACAAAUAAUAACUUCAACUAUACAAUAUAAAGUAUACAGAAUUCAGUAAAAUUAAAGAUACACGAAAAAGGAAAAAAGAAAACGGAAUAAUUAUAAACUACGAUAUAUACCAUAUAUCUCGAUGUGCGUCUAUGUGUUGGUAGUGAAAAAUUUAAAUCGAUUUCAAAAUAGCCAAAGCUAAGACAAGAAAAAAACUGGGAAAACCCCGCCAUUCACACACAAAUUUUCCUUUGGCUUUCCACUGUUAUCGUUUGCCAGAUUAUAUAUAAUUACAUAAAUAUAUAUAUAGAAACUGUUGGCCAACUGUUUUUCCCCUUUUACUGUUUCAACGCCCCCACCUAAUGAAAAUAACCAUUAAAUGUAGCGGAAACUAUAAAAACUCUAAACAAAAUCGAUGAAAAACUAAGUGGUUAGAAGGGAAAAUUGGUCCCCUAACUCGAAGAAAACUAAUUAAAUCAAAUAAUCAAAAAAUAUUCGAUAUAUGUACGUGUACACAACAAGCAACAGCAAAACAACUUUUUAGGUUUAGACUGCAGGAAAAAAUUUAAAUAAAACACAACAAACAACAUACAAAAAUCAAUAAGUAUUAAAUAAACUAAAACAAGCAAGGAAAACUACAAGAAAAACACAACAAAUGGCCGCGUUUAUUGUAAAUUGUUCAGCAAGAAAAACAAAACUGAAGUAAAUAAAUAAAGCGCAAUUUAAGCAACAAAAAACCAAAGUAUAAAAUAAAUGAAUUUCAUUGUGACUCAAAACUAACUAAAACACAAACUUAAGCAAA